AUGGUUGAACUCAACUGCGCGGCUGCAGGAGUGGCGGGCGCUAGGUUCACCGCGGCGCUGCAGUUCUUCGCGGCCUCUCAGUGCCUCCUUCAAGAGUCCUGGCCACCACAAGCUGAUGUCAAAAACGGGUCCCAUUUCGACAUCAUUGUGGUGGGUGCUGGCACGGCGGGGGCGACGCUUGCAGCGAGGCUGUCUGAGCUACCAUUACAGAUCCUGCUGUUGGAAGCUGGCGGCGAUCCACCGCAAGAUAGCAUCGUACCUGCAUUAAAAAACUCCAUGAAAGGAACUUAUUAUGAUUGGAAUUUCACCACUACAGAUGAUAAAUAUUCGAGCCAGGCCCUGCGAGAUGGUAGUCAGAGCCAACCACGUGGCAAGAUGUUAGGAGGCAGCGGCUCCAUCAACGACAUGAUAUACGCUCGGGGUUUCCCCGCCGACUACGACGAAUGGGCUUCCAUGGUCGGAGACGAUUGGCUUUGGAGCAACGUAUUGUCGUAUUUCAAAAAAACUGAACGCUUAACUGAUGAAAGGAUUACAAUUGAUCCUGAACUGUCAUAUUUUCAUGGUUUUGAUGGAGAAAUUGAAGUGUACGGCUCGAAUGAUUCCACUUUCACUUCAGAUAAAUUACUCGAAGCUUUCGAGGAGCUUGGUCUUGAUAUUGUGAAAGACAUGACAAAUCCAUCCAAAAUCGGCGUGGGUAGAUUUUCUCAUACAAUAAAAGAUGGUAAGAGACAUAGUUCUCUGACUGCUAUGCUCAAUAAAGCGUCAGAGAAAAAUAAUUUACACGUUUUAAAAGAUGCACACGUUACUAAAAUACUACUUGAAAACGAUACAGCUUAUGGUGUUAAAGUUUUAUUUGACGAUGACGAAUUUCACUUUUUUGCUGAGAAGGAAGUUGUCGUAACGGCAGGCACAUUUAAUACUGCUAAACUGUUGCUGCUAUCAGGAAUAGGCCCAAAGGAACAUUUAGGUGAUAUGGGUAUAAGCGUUGUUAAAGAUUUACCGGUCGGUGAAAACCUUCAUGAUCAUAUCAUGGUGUUAACAUACUUAGCAGCGGAAAAUGGUACAUGCCAAACGAGCGAAAAAGAUUCUCACCUGGAAACUAUCAAAUAUCUUUACGACGGAAGCGGAUCUCUAGCUAGGUCUUCUGAUAUGGGAGCUUACUUAUCGUUCAAUAAGGAUACUACAAAUGUACCCGAUUUUGCUAUUUACCCCUCAUGUAUACCCGUUAACAAUGAUUUCUUUACACCAUGCGUGGAACUAUUAGGCUUCAAAAAGAAUAUUUGUGAAAAAAUUGAUGCUCUAAAUAAGGAUUACGAGAUCAUAAACCUAGCAGUUGUUAAUCUUAAGCCAAAAUCUAGGGGAAAAGUUCUUUUGCAGUCUCUCGAUCCUCUCGACCCACCUCUUAUUUACUCGGGAACCUUCGAUGAUGUGAGCGACUUAGAUAACUAUCCUGAUGCGAUAGAAUUUGCUUGGUCUGUAGCUGAUACGAAUUAUUUCAGUUCAAAAAAUGCUUUCGUUAUAGAAUUUGAUAUUGACGAAUGUAAUGAUUUGUCUGAUCGAGAGAGAUUGGAAUGUACAGCGCUUGCUACAGCGAUGUCAGCCUGGCAUGCUGUCGGUACGGCCGGUAUGGGAACCGUGGUGGAUUCAGAAUUAAGGGUAAAGGGUAUCACUGGGCUGAGAGUAGCUGACGCUAGUAUUAUGCCUAAAGUAGUUCGCGGUAACACAAAUGCUCCUGUCGUAAUGAUAGCUGAAAAAGCUGCAGAUUAUAUAAAACGUAGUCUUGGCCUUUUGAAUGACGAAUAAAAAUUAACAUACUUUAUAUGACCAUAAAUAAUAUAGCUGUGGAAUAUGAUUUAAGAAAUUUGACAAGUAUUUAAUUUGUAGUACAUUGUUCAGUAUUAUUUUUAGUUUUAAAAUUAUUGUCAAUUAUUAGGUUUUUUAAUUGUUCCUAUAUAUGUUAGGCUAUAAAGUUUUUGAACGCCUUUUCUAUAUGUUUCUAUACAUAUUACACAAUAUACAUAUUAUAUAAAAGUGCAUUGUACUCGUAUAUUUUGAUUUCUAGUACUUAGUGUUUCGUUCUACUUUUCUUACCCUUUUAUUUUCUCUUUUUCCGGUUGACUAAUAUGAAUAUCAUAGAUAGUUUUAGAAAUGUAAUGUCUUACAUAAUUUUUGUAUUUGAUUUGUUUCGACAUUUAGUAAAUAUACUUAUAUAUUUAUUUUUACUGCGAAGUGCCUUUAAAAUGAAAAUGUUGUUGAAUUAAUUGUUCGAAAUUAGUGAUACACUCGAUACAGUUGAAAAAAAAAAACGUUUCGAAAUUCGAA